CAACCAUUGCAGGUCAGAGAUCCCUCAUAGUGUAAUAUCCUUUUUCGUCUAGCCAGGUUAGGAGCUUCAGGAGCUGUAUAAGUUCUGAAAGUUAUAUCGUUGAACAUCUCCCAGAAAUGAAGAUUUUUAAGGAUAUUAUAACAGGUGAUGAGAUGUUCACCGACAGCUUUAAGUAUACAGUUAUAGAUGAUUGCUUGUAUGAAGUGGAAUGUAAGCAUGUGACCAGAAAGCAGGGGGAAGUUUUACUCGAAGGCUUCAAUCCAUCUGCAGAGGAGGGUUGCGAUGAAAAUGCAGAUGAUUGUGUUGAAUCUGGCUUAGACAUUGUCUUAAAUCAGAGGCUUGCUGAAACUGCAUUUUCAAAGAAGGACUUCAUGAACUAUGUUAAAACUUAUGCAAAGGAACUUCAAAAUAAAUGGAAGGAACUAGAGUGGACAGAAGAUCAGAUCACUGAAGCCAAGGCCAAACUAACUGAUGCAGUGAAGAAGGUUGCUCCUAAGUUAAAUGAUUGUCAAUUUUUUUUAGGUGAGAGCAUGAAUCCUGAUGGAAUGGUUGCUCUCUGUGAAUAUCGUGAUGAUAAACCAGUAAUGAUGUUCUUUAAGCAUGGAUUGGAAGAAGAAAAAGUGUGAUGAAGUUCUUCUUAGCUUGGACAAGCCAAAACUAUUUGCAGUCUAACACCCAGUUACACCAUAAGACUGAUCUAUCUCGCAGUUCCAAUGGCCGAUAUUAACUUCCAUCAGUGAUUUGUUAUCAAAUUUUUAAAUAAUUUUAAGCAUUAAUGAAUCAGGUUUAAAAAAGCAUGUGAAUUAUGAUGACAUAUGUUUUGACUUGUGCCCAUAUGUAAUAAAGCUUAUAGUAAAACUGUG